AUGGCAGGUGCACUCACUGGUACCAACGAUGUCUCGCGCAUCGAGGCUCCAGUGACCUUGAAGGCAUACAUGAUGUGUGCUUUCGCCGCAUUUGGUGGUAUCUUCUUUGGCUUUGACUCCGGUUAUAUCUCUGGAGUUAUGGGUAUGCCCUACUUCAUUCACCUCUUCACUGGUAUUCCGAUCCCCGGUGCAGAUGCCACUCAAGAAGUAAAGGAUGCUUUCAGUCUACCAGCUUGGCAGAAGUCUCUCAUCACAUCCAUCCUCUCAGCCGGUACCUUCUUCGGAGCCCUUAUCGCUGGUGAUUUGGCAGAUUGGUUCGGUCGCCGAAUCACAAUCAUUGCCGGAUGUAUCGUCUUCAUUGUCGGUGUUAUCCUCCAAACUGCAAGCACUAGUCUUGGUCUUCUCGUCGCUGGACGUUUGAUCGCUGGUUUUGGUGUUGGUUUCGUCUCGGCAAUCAUCAUUCUAUACAUGAGCGAGAUUGCGCCAAAGAAGGUUCGCGGAGCACUCGUAUCUGGAUAUCAAUUCUGCAUUACCAUCGGUAUUCUCCUCGCAUCCUGCGUCGACUAUGCCACCCAAAACCGAAUGGAUACAGGCUCCUACCGUAUUCCAAUCUCAAUUCAAAUCCUCUGGGCUCUUAUUCUCGGUGGUGGUCUCUUCCUCCUACCCGAGUCGCCUCGUUAUCACGUCAAGAAAGGUAACCUCGACAAAGCCGCCCAAACCUUGACCCGUCUUCGUGGAGAGCCAGAGGGAUCCGAAUACAUCCAGCAGGAACUCGCCGAAAUUGUCGCCAACCACGAAUAUGAAUUGUCAGUCACUCCUCCUGGAGGAUAUUUCGCUACUUGGAUGCAUUGUUUCAGUGGUGGCCUCUCUAGACCAUCUUCCAACCUACGCCGAACCAUCCUUGGAACCUCUCUUCAAAUGAUGCAACAAUGGACUGGUGUCAACUUCAUCUUCUACUUUGGCACAACCUUCUUCCAGGAGCUUGGCACUAUCAGCAACCCCUUCCUGAUUGGUCUCAUCACAACUUUGGUCAACGUCUGUUCUACUCCCCUUUCUUUCUGGAUUGUUGAACGCUUCGGAAGACGUACAAUUCUGAUCUGGGGUGCGCUGGGCAUGUUGAUUUGUGAAUUCAUCGUUGCUAUCGUUGGUGUGACUGCCGGAAGAGCAAGUGAAAACAACCAGUCAGCCGUCUCGACCCAGAUUGCAUUCAUCUGUAUCUACAUCUUCUUCUUCGCUACUACUUGGGGCCCUGGUGCCUGGGUACUCAUUGGUGAGAUCUUCCCUCUGCCAAUCCGAUCUCGUGGUGUUGCUCUCUCGACCGCUUCCAACUGGCUUUGGAACUGUAUCAUUGCUGUUAUUACUCCUUACCUAGUCGGAAAGAAUAAAGGAGAGGCCAAUCUUGGAUCAAAGGUCUUCUUCAUCUGGGGUUCGCUCUGCACUGCCUGCUUCGUCUACGCCUAUCUGCUUGUUCCUGAGACUAAAGGUCUUUCGCUCAAACAAGUCGAUCGUAUGCUUGAGCAAACUAACCCACGAAACAGCGCCAAAUGGGUUCCAACAAGCACAUUUGCGGCAGAGGCCGGAAUGGUCAAGCAAUCCCACACCAUGACCGCAGCCGAACACAAGGAAGCAGGUCUCGAGGCAGUUGAGCCAAAAGAGCCUCACACCGCAGUAUAG